GACUCCCUCGUUCAUGAAGUUGAUCAUCAGCACCGCGGUUUCCCGGAACCCGAAUGUCAAAUUGACGAAAACAAAGAAAAUAUUGAUUGGCGCAGAACUCGUACCAAUGAGUGUCAUCCACAUGACGAGGGAGAGAUUCCCAAAUGCCGAGAUUCAGUCGAUAUAUGGCUCGAGUGAGGCAGGAGUCGUAGGAGCAUUUUCAUUUCUUCGGAUUCCAGCCGACAGCCCCAUCCCAGAGAAGCUGGUCUACAAGCUGGCCAAACCUGGCGUGCGCUGCCUUCUCUUUGACGAGAAAGGCGAGAUCAUCGAUCCACGGUACUCCAACAGCGGAAUCCUGGUUUUUGCCGUCGAUCCCGAACAUCCUGCCAAGGACCAUCCGAACUUUGUCAACGCUGAUCCCAACGACAAGCUGUCGACUUUCGGCUUCCUCGUGGAUGGCUCGCCCCGAGUCUGCACCAUGGACUGGGUCGAGAUGGUCAGCGACAAGGAGUUCAGUGUUGUUGGAAGAUUCGACCAGAAGAUCAAAGUCAACGGUGUCUAUGUCGACCUCAACGGCCUCAAGGAGCUUGUCCACAAGCACCUGUCCCAGGUCAUCGCCGACUGCUACUUCAUCCACACCUCCGAGAGGAAGAUCAUCUUGCUCUACAUCCUUCAGGAAGGAUACAACCCCAACCUGACCUCGGCCGAUAUCAUCCGAGUCGUCGAGGACAUGUUCUUGCUGCUGAACGUCUCCAAGGUCCCCAUCCACAACUGCCUCAGGCUCCACGAGUUCCCCUUCAACGACUCGGGCAAGGUCGAUCUCAAGAAGCUCAAGCGCAUCGCCGAGAACGUCGAGCAGUACGGCCAGGCGGUCGAUUACCCGGCUCUCAUGGUCACCAGAACGUUCUUGACCAAGAUUGCCUUCAAGAUCUCCGAGUUCAGCAGCCAGAUCCUGGACAACCCUGGUCUCUACGGCCGCAACUUUUACAUUGGCGGCGUCGGCUUUGACUCGCUGAGCAUCGGCCGCCUGGCCCUCGCCCUCAGGGAGGAGUACGGUGUCGAGAUCUCGCCAAUGAUCCUGCUGUCGAACAGCAUGAGUCCCAAGGAUGUCGCCCAGCUGGUCGUCGACAUUCUCGACGACAAGCUGGUGAUUCCGCCGACAAUCGAUCUGGCUGCCGAGGCUGCCAAGCUCGACGAUGCGAGUGUGACGGCCGAGGGUUUCCCUCCGUUUGUCUAUCCCAAGGAAGUCCGCGGCAUCGUCCUGACGGGUGCAACCAGCUUCCUCGGAGCAUUCCUGAUCUUUGAGCUGGCACACAAGUUCCCUCGAGCCAAGAUCUACUGUCUGGCACGAACCGAGACCGAGAAACUGGCCUUCCUCCGCACCUACUCCAACGCCUCGAGGCUGGUGAUUGCAUCGCGGAACAAGAACGAUCCGUGGUAUGACGUGCGAGACCGGUGGGUUGGUCUGCGCGGCGACGUUUCCAAGGAGCGAUGGGCACUCUCGGACGAGCGAUGGAAGGAGAUUUGCGAAGAGACCGACAUGAUUGUGCACAACGCCGCCGAGGUGCACUGGCUCUACAACUACAACGAGCUCAAGGCAACAAACGUCCUCAGCACGGUGACGGUGCUGCAGCUGGCCACGACGCACCAUCUCAAGGUGGUGCACUACAUCUCGACCAUCGGGACGAUUGCCAUGGCCAAGGGCUCCGACAAGCCGCUCGAGGAGAAAAUGUACUCCAACUGGAACCUGUCGGGCGGCUACUCGCAGACCAAGUGGGUCUCUGAGCAGCUGAUCAACAAGGCACGAUCGAGGGGCGUGCCUGCAACCAUCAUUCGGCCAGCAAUCAUUGCUGGCGACAGCGGAUACGGAGUGUGCAACACAGACGACUAUAUCUGGCGAUACGUCGAGGGAUGCAUCAAGCUCGGCAUUUGCCCGGCAAACGCCAGUCCCGUCACUUGGACCAUGGAUCCAGUCGACCAUGUUGCCAAGGUGAUUGCCGAGAUUGUCAGCUCGGAGGAGGCGCUGUCCAAGUUUGUGUUCCACAUCAGCGACUCGGAGCACAGUGUCAUCACCGAGAAGCGUGUCUUCGAGAUCGCCGAUUCCGUUGGCUGGACCGUCCUGCAGGACACUCGCGAAAAGUUCAGGACCAUCAUCUGGCGCAACCCAUCGCCCGAUAACCACGCCCUGCUUGCGUUCAUGCGGAUGCUGAUGGACCUGUCCUUCAGGGUCGACAACACCAACACUCGCUCGAUCUACCCGACGCCGUGUCCCUCGCCCGAGUUGGUCGUCAGGAAGAGUCUCUUCCACUUGGAUCGGGUGUCCUAUCUCGACCAGCCCACGGCGGCGGAGACCGAGCUCAAGGACGAGGAGUAUCCCGAUGUCCGUCCCUUCACCCGCACCGGCCGCCACUGAUGUUGUGCUGGCUGGGCAGACCGAUCGAUCAGUGUCGUCUCGCUGCCCUUCCGUUCUGCGGCCGAGUCUUGUUGACUGCCAGACACUGAACACGAUUGAUCCAACAUUGAGAUGUGUGUGGUGUGUGGUGUGUGGUGUGUGGUGUGUGGUGGAUGGUGAUGAAGAUGGUGGUGGAUUGCACUGUCGGCAUCCAGUCCUUCCUGCGUCGCAUC